GGACGGCACGGGAAAGAAGAUCGGGGACGACCAUCAACUUCCCCUGAGGACGAUCCAGCGGCGUUUUCACGAGAAAAAAGGUUUUUCGAAUGUCCUAGCGUCAGGAAGAUGCUACGAGAAGGCCAACCCUUUGGGGACGCCGAAGUACAAGAUGUGAGCAUCGCGGAUGGUGGAGGAAGGGAGACGCCGCAGACCGACCUCACCGAUAUUCAGAGGACUCGGAGGAGAUGUCUCAGUGAUUGGUGCUACUCAGAGAACUUCCACCCGAUGCUUCUCAUACAGGUCUUGCAGGAAGCGGCGGAGUCCUACAGAUGUAUAGACUCCUAUUAUCAUACCCAGGACAACUCCUUAUUCAUCGUCCUCCACAACCCCGCAAACCCGUACCGUCAGAGCCAGGAAUCCUGGGACAUGGCGCUCCACUCCAACGUCAGCUUCAGAAAUUAUCUGGAGUUGGUGGCCGACUCCAUCUCAAACUGGGUGCAGGAUGAGGAGGCGACGUAUCGGGAGAGGCUGGAGAGG